AUGUGGACUCCACCCGAUAUAAGUGAAGUGUGUGCGUCCACGCAUGGGAAUUUAACACAGUGUACAUCUAUUGGUAUAACAUAUCUAACGCUGUUGGCACAAUUAUUUGGAAGGUCUGUUGAUGAUACAAAAUCAACAGGUGAUAAUCCAUUCAUCUAUCCAACUAUAAAUGUUUUUGAACAACGGAUUAAAAGAAAUGAAUAUGAUUAUAUCAUUGUGGGCGCCGGCUCGGCUGGAUGUGUGCUUGCGCACAGAUUAUCGGAAAUAAAACAUUGGAAGAUUUUGUUGCUGGAGGCUGGAAAUGAAGAGCCAGACAUCACAAGUGUACCAAGUGCUGCUUUAGCACUUGCUACGACAAAGGUAGACUGGGCAUACUUUACUCAACCCGAUAAUACAACCUGUCUAUCGCAAAAGGGACAAGUUUGCCUAUGUUCCAGGGGCAAAACUAUGGGAGGAUCGAGUUCUAUAAAUUAUAUGACGUAUAUGAGAGGCAGUCCAGCAGACUAUGAUGGAUGGUCAAAAGAAGGGAACGAGGGUUGGAGUUAUCACGAGGUGUUGCCGUAUUUUGAAAAAUCUAUUAACCUUCGCGACCAAUACGCAACGGGUUCACAUGGAGUAGGUGGUCCACUUAACGUAGAAAGAUUUUCAUACAAUGAUGAACCAUCAGAAUUAGUCGUAAAAGCAUUUCAGGAGAGAGGAAUUCCAUUCGCUGACUUAGGACUAGAAACUAAGGUUGGAGUAAACAUAAAUCUUGCAACAGCCAAAGAUGGUAAGAGACAAUCUACUAAUGCUGCAUUCAUAAGAACUAUACGAAAAGAUCGAUCUAACUUGCAUAUCAUUACCAAUGCGUUUGCAACAAAAGUACUGAUAAAUUCGAAUACAAAAGAAAUAAAUGGUGUAGAAUAUUUUAAAAAUGGAUCAUAUUAUAAGGUUUAUUCAAAAGGUGAGGUAAUUAUUAGCGCUGGAUCAAUUAAUUCGCCGAAAAUACUUAAAUGUUCCGGUAUUGGUCCAAAAGACGAAUUAGAAAGUCUUAAAAUUCCUGUUAUAGCAAAUUUAAUGGUUGGGCAUAAUCUUCAAGACCACGUUACUACAGAUGGUUUGAUAUUUUCGUUAUCAAACAAAACUUCUACUUUAGUCAGCAACGAAGAACUAUUAAACUAUGUAAACGACUUUUAUAAACAGCCUGAGAAGAAACGAGGUCCUCUUUCAUCUAUUGUUAUUACAAACUUAGUUGCAUUUUUAAAUUCAAACGGGUCGAAAACGGCACCUCCAAAUAUACAGAUACACUUAGAUGGGAGACGAAUACCGGACUUCUUUACUGAUCCAUCGAGCUACAUAUCAUCAUAUAUAUUUCCUUUAUCAUUUUAUAACGCCGUUGCAGUGCGACCUAUAUUAUUAACACCAUUCAGUCGAGGUGUAAUUUUGCUUAACAAAACCGAUCCUAUUUUUGGCGCACCGGAGAUACAUUCUGGAAUAUUUACAGUCAAAAAAGACUUGGACGCAUUAGUAGAUGCCACAAGGUUUGUUAUAACUUUAGGAGAGACAGAAGAAUUUAAAAAAGCAGGAGCAGCGUUCAUUAAAACUCCCAUAGAUGGUUGCAAGCAAUAUCAGUGGGGUACCUAUGACUAUUUUGCGUGUCUGUACACACAUUACACAACAACUAUAUAUCAUCCAGUUGGAACUUGUAAAAUGGGACCAUGGUGGGAUAAAGAUGCUGUUGUAGAUCCAAGAUUUAAAGUGUACAAGGUAAAGAAAUUAAGAGUCGUUGAUGGAUCUGCUAUGAGGAACAUCGUUCGAGGUAACACAAACGCACCAAUCAUAAUGAUGGCCGAAAAAGCGAGCGAUUUUAUUAAGGAGGAUUACAAAGUAUUAAAAUGUAACUCGUAA